UAAUGAGUUCCUCGAACACAAAAAAUAUACAUAUAGUAGUAGAUAUGACAUUGGGGUUUGAGCGCAUUGCAGAAUACCUAACAGACAUAGAUGUCAAUGACGUCGUCGUCAUGUACUUGGUUAAUUACUUGUUGUUUUAUAGACAGUCUUGAUUUUUUUUUUGAGAAAUGGUUUGCAAUUUUAAAUAACAUAAAUGUUACAACUAUGACUAGUAGUUUGAUUAAACUCGUUUUUCAACUAAAGACCCAAACUUUAUAAAUCUAGUAAAGAAAACAAAUGGCCAUUGGGGGAGAAAUGACUCGGUAACCGAUGAAUCCUGAGGAAAGGGAAGAGCCCAAGAAUUUGCAGAACCUCCAAGAGAAAGUGUGAAGAAAGAAGUACACAAAGCAACCAAAAAAAAAAAAAAAAGCAAUGACGACAUUUAUAAAAUCAAAAGAGGACCUGAAACACUUGACACAACACCCUAUUCCUCAACCUCUUAUUCUUCUCCUCCUCCCUCCUUAUCAAAAAGCUCUCUCACGCACCGCCUCUAUGCUGCUCUUAUCGGCCAUAGACAUUCUCAUAGCCUUACUACACUGUUAUGUAGGUUAUAUAUAUAUUAUUAUGAUUCUGGUAAAUAUUAUUAUAUAGUAUAAACAGGACCCAUGCCCCCACGAGUCUUGUUUUGUUGGCCAGCUAAUAUUUCGCAUCGGCCAAAAAUAAAAGCUCACAUCUUUUCUUUGUAACCCCAAAAUCCAAAAGGCCAAAGAGACUAUCUUUCUUACUUAUUUAUCUCUCUCUUCUCCCGAAAAGCCCCUUAAUAAGCUUUUGCUUUGAUAUCAGAUCUCUCUUUCUCUCUCUACUCUCACGCUUUUGAGAUGCGUGCUCCUUUAGGGCUUUCCUUUUAUACCCCAAAACGAGGCCUCUCCUUCUCUCAUCUCUCUCUCUCCCCUUUCUCUCAUACGCUAUAACCGACCGGAGAGAGGAUCCCAGAUGUCGUCGAGUGUGGUGAUGGAGGAGGACGAGGAGAAGAUACAAUGUGGGUCUAUGUUGUUCGAGCAAGAGGAGCUACAAGAGAUGAGUGGGGUCAACGUUGGUGGCGGUUACGUUGAGGUCAUGUGUGGUUGUACUAGCCACCGCUACGGCGAUGCCGUUGCUAGGCUUAGGGUUUUCCCCAACGGAGAUCUCGAAAUCACCUGCGAAUGCACCCCUGGAUGUGACCAAGACAAGUUAACACCAGCUGCGUUUGAGAAGCAUUCUGGCAGAGAAACGGCUAGGAAAUGGAAGAACAACGUGUGGGUUAUCGUUGGAGGAGAAAAAGUUCCAUUGUCAAAGACAGUAUUGCUCAAAUACUACAACGAAGCGUCUAAGAAGUUGAAUAGAUCAAACAAAUCACAAGGUACAAAAGUGUUCCACAGAGAUGAGUUUGUUGGGUGCAUCGAAUGCGGUAAAGAGAGGAGGUUCAGGUUGAGGAGCAGAGACGAAUGCCGCUUGCACCACAACGCAAUGGCUGAUCCAAACUGGAAAUGCUCAGACUUUCCAUACGACAAGAUAACAUGUGAGGCAGAGGAAGAGAGAGGAAGCAGGAAGGUGUAUAAAGGCUGCACACGUUCACCAACUUGCAAAGGCUGCACUUCUUGCGUCUGCUUUGGCUGCGAGUUAUGCCGUUUCUCUGAUUGUUCUUGCCAGACCUGCGUCGACUUCACCAGCAACGUCAAGGCAUGAAGAAACCAAAACGUUUACUAAUGAAAAAUCUCUUUAGAGAGACUUGGUUGCAUUUAAUAUUUUAUUAUUCUAUAAUUCUGAACUGUUAUAUCUACUGGUUAUCUUAUGGGUCGUUGAAUGGAGCAGUUGGAAAAGUUAAAACAAAAAUAAAAGUUGAUUUUCCUAGAA